ACAAAAUGACGGGAUGCUCAGAGGAGUUUACGCCUUAGUCCAUCCAUAUGUAAACCAUGUAAACCCCCAAAAAUCUCCCCCAACCACAGAGUCUGCCGCCGAUCGAGCAUAUCUACACCUUAUGACCGCAUAGCACCCACGCCAUUCGACUCUAUCACCACCACAUCAUUUUCCUGCGCUGUCUUGAAAGACAUAUUCCGUUAGCCUUCCGCUCAGCCGCUAUUGCUGGCUAUCUCUACAAACCUCUUUAUAUAGCCUUCACCUCAUUGCCUAUCCCGUGGCAGAGGCUUCUUCCUGCAAUGGCUGUUGUCGUUGCAUCUCACCACACCGACCUUUGGCAACAACGAAGAGAACCACCCACUCACUACUCAACCAUGCACCUCGCCGGCUUGAUGCCCUCCUACGAUGCCUCAAGAGGCGUCACAGCUCCGCCAGUUUCACGUAACUUUCAACCUACGACAACACACAUGGACAUUAAUAUGCCUCUUUUCUCGACAAACGGCCUCACAACCUCUGUUCCCUUCCAGUCUGGAGCGUUCGCUUUCGACCCAAUCUCGACGAAUCCAUACAAUAUGCAGCAACCCUCAUUCUAUACCUCAAAUAACUUGCACAAUGUCUCUUAUGCCAGAGUGCCCGAGGUCCAGCCACUUCCUGCUGUGCAAGGUGCUGGAAAUACAUUCAUGGUCGAUCGGAUCCCCAUCGUCAAAUGCGAGAGUAGCUCGCCAGUCCAGUCGAACCCACUAUUCAAUCAUACUUCUUAUGCGACCGAAUGCAAGCGGUCCAGCUCAGAGCCUUCGGAAAGAAGCAGUAUCAAUUUCGUCACCGAUGUGGACACUCUGAUGAAAGCCAUCCAGGCCAAGCAGACGAAUGCCCCUCUCCGAGAGGACUCCAAGGAGGAGCCCAAAGUCAGUAAGAAGCCAAAGAAACGAUAUGAAUGUCACAUGUCCAAUUGCGACAAGACCUUCUCCCAGAAGACUCACCUUGCGAUCCAUAUUCGCGCCCAUACUGGUGCAAAGCCAUUCGAUUGCAAGGCGCCAGGAUGCGGACAAUCAUUUUCCCAGCUAGGAAAUUUGAAGACACAUGAACGACGUCACACUGGAGAGCGACCAUACAGCUGCGACAUUUGUGGCAAGACUUUUGCUCAGCGGGGCAAUGUUCGCGCACACAAGAUCGUCCAUCAGCAGGUCAAACCCUUUACCUGCAGGCUUGAUGACUGUGGCAAGCAAUUCACCCAGCUGGGUAAUUUGAAGUCUCAUCAGAACAAGUUCCACGCCGCCACCUUGAGGUACCUUACGCAAAAGUUCGCAACCAUUAGUGUCGGCGACUGGGUGUCGAAACAAGACAAGGAGCUUUGGGAAUACUUCGCAUCGCUGUACAAGAACUCGAACAAAGGCAUCAAGGGUCGAGGAAAGGACAGAAGGAUAUCCGCAGUGCCAUCAUCAGUCGCAUCACGCCUCGCGUCUUAUGCAGGCUUGCCAACCGCCGCAAUGGCUCGGAGCUACCCAGGAUCAUUUCACCAAGAUGGUAGCGACCGCAGCAGUCGUAGUUCCUCGAUGGUAUCAGACACUACCCAUAAAGGGGACAAUGGCUUCAACUUCAAUGCUCCUAUGCACACUGGAUAUCACCAGCCUCAAGGCACUGGAUACGGUGAUAUGGUAUUCCCCGGGCAAAAGUUGUAUUAACUACGAAAACUCGACACGCACACAAGUACACGGUAGCACAAGACUACGAGCUGAAAGCUGGAUCAUCGGGAGUUUUUGGGAGUCAGGCACGCUGGGCUCACAGCGAAUAGGCUUUGGGAUUACGGGACGAUAUGUUACCCAAGCUAGCGCAGCGAAGGGUCAGGGCCAUGGGGUUUCCUACUCUAUGUCGGCGUUAUGGCUUGUUUCUACAAUAUUGCUCUAAUGUGGUUGAUGGGCAGCUACUCUA